AUGCCGAUGCAGUGGAAUGAUCAGGCCGAUGCGCGGCUCUUCGCCAACGUCCUCAAGCUGCACGUCGUCAAGCUGGACUACAUCGCGCUGGCAAAGGCCAUGGGCAACACCGUAACCCCAAAGGCGAUAUCACACCGGAUCUCGAAGAUCAAAGACAAAGCGAACGCAUACCGGCGAGAUAAUCCAUACGCCUUCGACCCUGACGACGAGCCUAUUGCGACGGCGUCGCCUCCUAUUGGAGGAGGAGGAAAGCGCAAGAAGGGCUGGUCUGGGUCUAGCGGGGGAGGUGGGGUGGCAAAGGGGGGCAAGGGUGCAAAGCUCUUUGACGACGAGGAGCCACGGUUCAAGAUGGAGCACGGCGGGGUUAAGAUGGAGCUGGGGCUGGGGCUGGGGCUGCAGGAUGAUGAGGAGGUCGAUGCGGAGGAGGUGCCGAUGAUUAAGGGCGCUUUGGAGAGGAUUAGGUGGAGGGGGAGGGGGAGGGAGGGCGGCGGAGCUGGGACGGGCGGGGGCUUGGUGGGCGUUAUGGGCGGGUUGGUGUUGGGUGGAGCGGGGGCGGCGGCGGGGCCGCACGUGGAGGAGAUAGGCGGUGCACAGGAGUUUUUCCAGGCGCAUGUGGGUGCUGGGCUCGGCCAGGCAGCAGCCAUCGGCAACCUCGCCUGCGAGCCGGGCAAUGAUUUCGCCAUCGCCCACGAGCCCAUCGCCGCCGAGCCCAUCGCCGUCGAGCCCGCCGUCCAGCAUAGCGGGGCCGACAUCUCGCCGAUCAUCGCGCACCAGCAGCACGUCGACAUCAAGCCAGAGUUCGACAUCAUGCCAGCGGAGGUCAACAUCAAGCCAGAGUUCGACGUCAUGCCCGUCAACAUCAAGUCAGAGAUCGAGGUCGAGAUCGAGAUCGAGCAGCAGAUAGACAUCGAACACGAGCAGCAAGACACGAUCGAGCAGCACCUCCUCCCCGCCGACGACGCCGCCGCCGCCGCCGUCAGCUCCCUUAACUACAUCGAGCCUGAACCGGCCAUCAAGCUGGACAUUACCAAUGACUCCGUCGACGCCGUCGCCGAGGACAUGGUCAUCGAGCUCACCCCCGAGCCCGAGCUCAUUACUAUGUGUAUCGAGGCUGAGGAUUAA